UAUAUAUCUCUGCAGGCUGUGGUCACUCCCCUGCUGCCCCACCAAAAGCAGGCCCUGUCCUGGAUGUGCGCUCGGGAGAAUAAAGACACACUGCCACCUUUCUGGGAGAAGCGAGGCGAGCUUUACUACAACAGCCUCACGUGUUUCUCUGCUAAAGAAUUACCAGAGAGGGUUCGGGGGGGAAUACUGGCUGAUGACAUGGGACUGGGUAAAACUCUGACAACCAUCGCUCUGAUCCUCACUAACUUCCACAAAGGAAAACCUUUGCCUGUUGAGAAAUGUGACGGACCAUCUAAGCCUAUUAAAACUAAACGUAAGCUACUGGAAGGCUCUAAACUGGAAGAGAGCAGAGAUACAGCUAGUGCAGCAGGGGGAAUUUCACUCUGCUCAGAAAUUCCAGAGAAAGAUGUGGUUUGUGUUGAUCAAGCAGAUGUGGUGCUGAUAGAAGAUGAGCCACAGAAAAGUACAGGCAAAGGGAAGCAUAAACCCUCUAAACGGAAAACCAGUAAAGAUGGUUCAGCGUUGUUUGAAGACCUGGACUUUGCGGCGGCCCUGAGUGGCUCAGCAUCAGACACAGUCCCAAAGAAGAAGAAAACAGCUAAGAAGAGCAAACUUAAACAGAGUGUGGAAGUUCCCAUCUCUGAAUAUACAGAUGAUUUCUCAGCGAGGGCAACUCUUAUCAUCUGUCCUCUCUCUGUGCUCAGCAACUGGUUGGACCAGUUAGAGCAACACUUGCAGCACAACGUGAAGCCCAACAUCUAUCUGUACUACGGUUCCGAGCGCAACAGGAGCGAGUCAUUUCUGUCCUCUCAGGAUGUGGUGAUCACCACCUACAAUGUCCUCUCUAGCGAGUUUGGAAAUAAGAGUCCUUUGCAUGGGGUCGACUGGCUGAGGGUGGUUCUGGAUGAAGGACACAUCAUCAGAAACCCAAACGCACAGAUGAGCAAGGCUGUGCUGGAACUGAAAGCUCAGAGACGCUGGAUACUUUCAGGUACUCCGGUCCAGAACAGUGUGAAGGACCUGUGGAUGCUGCUCGCCUUCCUGCGGCUGAAGCCCUUCGAUGUGAGGGAGUGGUGGAACAGAGUAAUCCAGAGACCGGUCACACUGGGAGAUAGGGUCGGCCUGCAAAACCUUCAGAAUCUGGUGAAGUGCAUCACGCUGAGACGGACCAAAAACAGCAAGGUGAACGGGCAGCACCUGGUGUCGCUACCUAAGAAGACUGUUUACGUGGAGCAGGUGGAGCUCAGCCAGCAGGAGAGGGAGGAGUAUGAGCUGGCUCGCAAAGAGGGACGCCGCACAAUCGGCAGAUAUGUAGACGAAGGGUCUGUGUUGAAGAAUUAUGCUGACGUCCUCGCCAUCUUGACGAGGCUCAGACAAUACUGCUGCCAUCCUGAUCUGCUUGGGAAAAUAUCCGCAGAAUUCGCCGCCGCGGACAAUCCAGCAGAUCUGCGGCAGCGGCUGAUAGAAAGACUGCGGCUGGUGUUAGCCAGUGGCUCUGACGAGGAGUGCUCUGUGUGUCUGGACUCCCUCCGUCUACCCGUCAUCACUCACUGCGCCCACGUUUACUGCCGGCCCUGCAUCGCUCAGGUCAUCAGCGGUGAGCAGAAGGCCCGGUGUCCUCUCUGUCGAAGUGAUAUUAAGGCCAGUGAGCUGGUGGAGUUUCCGCCAGAGAAAACAGAAGAUGAGACGAGUAUGAACUCUGACAGCUGGAGGACAAGUUCAAAGGUUCAGGCGCUGAUGGGAAACCUGUUCAGGCUGCGGUCCGAAGACAGCAACACCAAAUGCCUGGUUGUGUCUCAGUUUACACGUUUCCUCACCAUCCUUCAGACCCCACUCAGAGAACACGGCUUCAGUUUUGUACGUCUGGACGGCACAAUGAGCCAGAAGAAGAGAACUCAGAUCAUCCAGGAGUUUCAGAGCUCUGCGGCAGACAGUCCUAAAGUCAUGUUGCUGUCGCUCAAAGCCGGAGGGGUCGGGCUUAACCUGACUGCAGCCUCUCAUGUUUUCCUCAUGGAUCCUGCCUGGAACCCUGCUACUGAAGAGCAGUGUAUCGAUCGUUGCCACCGUAUAGGCCAGAAGAGAAACGUCGUCGUAACCAAGUUCAUUGUGAAGGACUCGGUGGAGGAGAACAUGGUGAAGAUCCAAAAGAAGAAGCAAGACCUGGUGGAGAAGACGUUCGGCUUGGCCAACAUGGACAGGAAAACCUCUCGGAUCGACGACAUCAGAGCUCUGUUGGAGAUGUAGACGUUCAGCUGAUUAAGGAUAUCUGUAC